ACGGUCAGUCGCCGCAGCGCUGAGGACCGUGGAGACGCUGAGGUGCCCCAGGGCCUUCAGGAGCAAACACCGGGAAGCAGAGGAUUAAAAAUGGCAAACUCCUGUGCAUCAAAGACCCUCACUGCACUUUCAAAUCUGCAUCCAAAUAUGGCUAAUCUGAAAAUAAUCGGUAUAGUUAUUGGGAAAACAGAUGUCAAAGGCUUUCCAGACAGAAAAAAUAUUGGAUCAGAAAGAUACACUUUCAGCUUUACCAUUCGUGAUUCACCGGCCCAUUUUGUAAACGCAACAUCCUGGGGCCAUGAAGAUUAUAUCAGGUCACUCUCUGACAGCUUUAGGGUUGGUGAAUGUGUGGUGAUUGAAAAUCCCCUGAUCCAAAGAAAGGAAAUAGAAAGAGAAGAAAAGUUCAGCCCUGCAACUCCUAGCAACUAUAAACUGUUGCUCAGUGAGAAUCACUCAAUGGUAAAAGUUUGUUCCAGUUAUGAGGUGGAUGCCAAGUUGCUUUCUUUGAUACAUUUACCUGUUAAAGAGUCUCGAGAUUAUUAUUCAUUGGGUGACAUUGUUGCAAAUGGACACAGUCUUGAUGGGAAGAUUAUCAAUGUGCUUGCAGCUGUGAGAUCGGUUGGAGAACCAAAAUAUUUUACAACUUCAGACCGAAGAAAAGGCCAGAGGUGUGAAAUCAAACUCUAUGAUGAGACAGAACCGUCUUUCACAAUGACAUGUUGGGAUAAUGAAUCUAUUCUACUUGCACAGAGGUGGAUGCCACAGGAAACAGUAAUAUUUGCCUCAGAUGUAAGAAUAAAUUUUGACAAAUUUCGGAACUGCAUGACAGCAACUGUGAUCUCAAAAACCAUUAUUACGACUAAUCCAGACACACCAGAAGCUAACAUUCUAAUAAAUUUUGUAAGAGAAAAUAAAGAAACAAAAGUUGUGGCUGAUGAGAUUGACACUUAUUUGAAAGAAUCCAUAAAUUUGAAUACAAUAGUUGAUGUCUAUACAGUUGAACAACUAAAGGAUAAAGCUUUGAGGAAUGAAAGAAAACCGGAUCCUUUCUAUGGCAUUCUUUAUGCUUACAUUUCUACACUGAACAUCGAUGAUGAAACCAUGAAAGUAGUUCGAAAUAGAUGUUCCAGCUGUGGUUAUGUUGUUAAUGAAGCAUCCAAUGCUUGUACAACUUGCAACAAAGGUUCUUCAGGAUUUAGAUCUGUUUUUCCCAGCUUCCACAUGCUCGUUGAUCUUACUGACCACACAGGUACCCUCCAUUCCUGUAGUCUCACAGGAAGUGUUGCUGAGGAGACCUUGGGCUGCACGGUGAAUGAGUUUCUUGUAAUGACGGAUGAGCAGAAAACAGCAUUGAAGUGGCAAUUUCUUUUGGAAAGAAGCAAAAUUUAUGUAAAAUUUGGUUUGUCGCACAGAGCCAGGGGUGGACUGAGAAUCAGCAUACUCUCAUGUAAGCUUGCAGAUCCUGCUGAGGCAAGUAGGAAUUUGUCUGGACAAGGACAUGCGUAAAACCCAAUGUCAUUUUAAAGUCUGGAAAAGUGUAGGAGUUUCUGUUCUUUAAAAUGGAAUGCUAAUUUGAAGGUUACAGAUAAAAUCGUGUUGUUUAAGUGUGGCGAGAAGUUCUAUGAUUGUCCUGUGCUCCCUGUGCAGUUGGUCUGUGGCCUGUCUGACCGCUCACCUGCACUCACUCCUUGGAGGCUGUUUCUCCUGACUCUGCCUGGCCCCAUGCUGGAGAAUGUUUAUGUGGGUUAAUAAAUACACUCACUCUGCAGAAGUGAA